AUGGAGGGAAAUCACAACAAAAGAAAACGCGAGGCUGACUCGCCUGAUGCGGAGGUGCUCUCGACAGCAGCUAAACAGACCCUGGUCGUCCCCAUCGAUAAAAUGCCCAAAAAAAAGAAGCGCGUGGAUGGAGAAAAGGGGAAAUACCCGCAAGUAACAUACACGGGAGGUAAAAUGCAAACCCCAGUUCGCAUUGCGGAUCUGCAGUCGCUGCUUCUGUUUUGCUUUGCGGACGGCCUCGCGCCACAAUGGCUCUCCAUUAAAUUUCCCAAAUCGAUGCGCAAGGCCGUUAUUUUAAUGGUGCCUGGUUUGGAGCUCGACAUGUUUAAUGGCAAAUUAUCAUUGGAUGACUCAACUACCACCGAUGACGGCGGAAUUGUUUCACCUGACAAGCCAGCUGAGGAAGAGGAGACUGCAGAGGAUAAACCGACUGAAGAAAAGCUCACCGAAUUUGAGCGAUGGAAAGCUGGCCUCCCUCUUGAGGAUAAGUCGAGUCAGUUCAGUCCGCGCAAGCUUUCAGAAACUGAGACCCCUCCGGUUUUGCGUCCGUUGUCUGAAUUAUUCGACCAUGUUUGGCCCGUGAAAGCCCCCGGAGACACCAAAUACCACAAAGUGCAUUCACCUCUCCAAGCCAUGCUACUGGCCCCAGUGCCAAAAGUCAAGAAAGAAAAAGAACACAGGAGCGGCGGUGUUCAAAAGGCCCGUGUCAGUGCCAAAUUUGUUCCAAUCCGGACUCCCAUUACAAAGUUUAUCAGUACAUUGGAGCAGCUUCGUGAAAACGACUAUGUUAUUCAUCCCGCUUUCUUUACGUCGGAAGAAGACAAGUCCGCUGAAAUUGAAACGCGCAAGCGUCUUGGACAAUCCGUCGAGGACGGCUGGGUUGAUACUAACGUCGCCAGCUUGGAAGAUGGCGACGUGCCUUUCGGCGAGUUUGAGAAAGGGAGCAUGACCGAGGGCCGUGAGGUUUUAGGUCUUGAUUGCGAGAUGUGUCUCACAGAAGGCGGCCAGUCAGAACUGACGCGUAUUAGUAUCGUGCGUUGGGAUGGCGAGGUGGUGUUGGACGAACUGGUGAAGCCUCCUCGACCGAUCUCUGACUACCUGACCCGGUAUUCGGGUAUUACGAAGGAGAUGCUUGACCCUGUAACUACUACGCUUCCUGAUAUUCAACAGAAGAUGCUCUCUAUUUGCACAGCCCGAUCCGUUCUGGUCGGACAUUCUCUCAAUUCUGACUUGACGGCCCUCAAAAUGACUCAUCCCUUUAUCAUUGAUACUGGCAUCAUCUAUCCGCAUCCCCGUGGCCCGCCGCUAAAGUCCAGUCUCAAAUGGCUCAUGUCAAAGUAUGUCAGCAAGAACAUUCAGAACGGAACGGCCGGUCACGAUUCUAUCGAGGACUCUAGGGCCGUGCUUGACCUAGUUAAGUUGAAGUGCGAAAACGGUGAGGGCUGGGGCACUAGUGAAGCCUCUAACGAAAGCAUUUUCCACAGACUUGGCCGAGUGACUCGACCAGGUAGCAGCAAUGCAGAUGAUUAUCGAACUGGUGCAGUGGUUGACUGGGGCAAUCCCGAACGAGGCUACGGUGCCCACGCCGCCGUCGCAAUCGGAUGCCAAGAUGAUGAUGCCGUCGUCAAGGGUGUGGCGGCUGCUGUCAAUGGUGAUGCAUCAAUCCCAUCUAUUCCAGGUGGUGGCGUGGACGUCACCUGGGCACGUCUGCGCAAUCUCGAACGACAGCGCGGCUGGUGCAACCGAUUCCCUAAUGCUGAAAAGGAGAACGUCGCCGAUGUGGUCACGGCGGAAAUCCAACUGACAACCCAACAACUUGCCGAAAACGUCUCUCACACAGUCUCGGAUAUCAAGCGUAUCUAUGAUUCGCUGCCUUCUUGCACCUUGUUCAUUGUGUACUCAGGCACUAGUGACCCGCGCGAGCUUACGCGUCUUCAAGCCAUGCAGAAGACAUGCGCAAUGGAGGCCAAGGCCCAGAAGCCGUGGGCGGAACUGACCGUGAAGUGGACCGAUACCGAGCAACAGGCAUUACAGGCAGCAUGUGAGCGGGCUCGUAAAGGCUGCGGUUUUGUUUGUGUGAAGUGA